UUUACGUGUUCACGGACCAUUGAGCACGCACCUUAUAAAACCCGGAAAUAUACGCACGUCUAUUUUGAGGAAGGGACAAACGUUGAAGAUGUAGAGGAAAACCAUGGAUCACUUCGGAGAUGAACCACCCCCGCCGUACCAACCCAGCCCGGGGAACGGAAGCCCCCCUUACUACCCCCCGCCAAAGUACACCGACCAGCCACGCGUCUCUUCGGAACAAAGUUUUGCAAAUCCAUCCAUUGUUGCCCCCGGGCCAGUGAGGAUGAACGAGCCCCCACCUCCCCCUGACUACAUGAACAGAGCUAUUUUUGUGACCAUGUGCUGUUUCUGGCCAACUGGAAUUUUUGCUAUCAUGAAAGCCAGUGAGUCACGCAGUGCCAUUGCUAGAGGAGAUAUGGAAUCAGCCCGGAGCCAUUCCAGCACUGCCCGGCAGCUGUCCAAUAUCUCCGUGAUAGCUGGGGUGGCCUUUUUGCUGGUGGGCAUGCUGAUUGCGGGUCUGUACUGGUUCUUUGGAGUGAUUCCGAACAUGUCAUCCGGCCCCCAGGAAUAUCAAGACUGAUCGGUAUUGGAAAUCUGUCGAGAAACCAAACAAUGCAAAAAUGAUUUACUUUUUAAUAGGUUGUUCCUAACCUUUAAACUUGUUUAUGUUUCUGCUGCUCGUAAUUUUGCACUAUUGGCUGCGAUAGUUCAUUAGUUUUCCUUUCAGUAUAUAAGUGGUUAAUAUUUACUUAAUACUAACAGAAAUACAUUGGAAUUUCUAUUAAUCUAAUCUUUACACUAAUGGUAUUUAUUUUAAAUUAAAUUCAUGCACAUUUUAUCGGUAUUUCACGGUCAUUAUUUUAUAGUCAGUAUUAUUCUUAUUCCAGUAAUACAAUCUUAAUACCUUUGAUAGUGCAUACGUACUUAGACUAAAUUAAUCGUUACUGUCUUUCAGUAUAACAGCUUUUUCAAAGAUCAGAAUUCAGUUUAUGAUUAACACCAGAACUUUAGCAUUACUAACUUAGCACCAGAACUAUAGCAUUGCUAAUGUAGCAUCAGAACUAUAGCAUUUCUAAUGUAGCUUCAACGACAUUUUUGUUAUACGUCCUAAUUUGUCUACCCAGCACCAUAUUUCAUUGUUAUUUGCUUAUGUCCUACAAAGCUCCACCAACUUUACUCAGGGAAUUAACAUUUUGUUUUGACAAUAUUUAUGUAUGAUUUGUAUAAUGUUUAUUUUAGUUUUAUUAUGAUAUACUGAUACGCUAUUACAAUGUAACAUGUAUUUUUAUUAUAGGGCAGUAUGUUAAAUUUCUGAAGUUUAAAUUUAAUGUUUGAUUUAUUCAUUUAUGCAGUGUCAUUUUGUUUAUCGUAUUUUAUUACAUGGAGUUCAGUUACAAUUUGAGAUACAUGUAUCUAAAUUAUUAUUUUUCUCUAACACACAUGUAUUAAUUGUGUGAAUUACUGCAAACAUGUUUUUCAUAAUAAAACUCUUGAGAAGAGGUCUUCGUAA